AUGGAAGUUGGUAGUUGUGUGAUUUGUACACAAAAUCUAUGCCUUAGCAAUGUUUCGUCUCUACCGUGUGGACACACAUUCCAUUAUAACUGUAUCCGGCGUUGGCUUGCGCAAUCUCAACAGUGUCCUACCUGUCGUGCAGCGUCAACACCUAUGAAUAUCGUGAAACGUUUAUAUUUUGCUAAUUGUACCGAUAAAGCUGUGAAUGAUAGCAAAACUUCAGUAACUGAUUCUGAUACGAAAUCCAAAAAGAUGGAUAAAUGUGAUGUUGGUCAUCGUAGUGCUGGUAAUGAUGAAAAUUGCAACAAUAACAGUGGUGAUUCUGAAGAUGAAGAAGUGGAUAGUGAUUUCACAGGUAGUGACGAGGACUCAAGUAUGAGUAGUUCGGAAAGUGAAGAUUUGGAUUAUCAUGAUUCAAGUGAUGCUGGUACCGAAAAUGAUUUAAAUAACGUCAGUAAGGUAUCUUUAGACAUGACAAGCCUAUUGGAAGCAUCAGCUAGUGAUACAUCGUCAAUUUCACUUGGAACGUUUUCGGAUGCAGUCAGCGAAACUGAUGCAGUAAACCAUGACAAUAUGGAAACACCUAACUCGUUUAACGAUCAUGAAGAAGUUGGUAAUGAUCAUAAUAAUUAUACCUCAGUCCUGCGAAUUGAACGUAUCAGUGAUGAUGGUGAUGAUGGUGAUGAUGAUGAUACUAGCAAUGAUGAGGAUAGUUUUAAGUCUGAUGACAGCGAUAACCGUGAAUCACAGGAAUACAGCCGUUUGUUGAAUCAUUUCACUUUUGAAUUACAGGUGUUUAAUCGAAAUAUUUUAUGA